AUGGUUGAGGUUGAGGAAAAGGAUGAAAAUGCCUAUCCUCUGCUCGCUGAUGUUGCGUCGUCUUCGUCCUCCGAUUCUCAUGCUUCCUUCAAGAGAACAGGGACUGUGUGGACAGCAAUUGCCCAUAUAAUCACAGGGGUGAUAGGUUCGGGUGUGCUUUCGCUGGCAUGGAGUGUGGCUCAGCUCGGCUGGGUCGCGGGCCCGCUUUGUAUGGUGCUGUUCGGAGCAAUAACUAUUAUUUCUUCGAAUCUUCUCUGCGAUUGUUACCGAUACCCCCACCCUGAAGCCGGCCACAUCAGAAAUCGGUCCUAUGCCGAAGCUGUCAGAUCUUAUUUAGGAAAGAAGAGUAUGUGGGUGGCUGAAUUUUUUGUUCAAGAAAGCUACUAUGGUUAUAGUAUUGCUUAUACAAUAACAUCGGCCAUCAGUAUGAGGGCGAUUCUAAAAUCGAAUUGUUAUCACGAGCAAGGGCACGAUGCUCCGUGCGAAUACGGAGGCAGUUUUUUCAUGUUACUGUUCGGGGCAGUUCAGGUUGUAUUCUCUCAGAUACCUGACCUACACAACUUGCAGUGGCUCUCCAUAAUCGCGGCCAUUAUGUCCUUUGCUUACACUUUCAUCGGGCUGGCUCUUGGCUUUGCCAAAGUAUUAGAAAACGGCGAGGUCAGGGGUGAUUUUGGCGGUGUAUCUACAGCCACUGCCGCUCAGAAAGUGUGGCUCUCGUCUCAAGCAGUUGGAGACAUUGCUUUUGCUUUCACCUACAACAUAAUUCUUUUGGAUAUCCAGGAUACUCUCAAGGCACCACCGGCCGAGAAUAAGACAAUGAAGAAGGCAUCGACUAUUGCUAUACUUAUCACCAGCUUCUUCUUUAUCUGUUGUGGGUCUUUCGGGUAUGCGGCUUUCGGGAACCAAGCACCGGGCAAUCUGUUGACGGGCUUCGGAUUUUACGAGCCCUACUGGCUUGUCGACUUUGCUAAUGCAUGUAUCAUUCUUCACCUUGUGGGAGGAUAUCAGAUAUACAGCCAGCCACUUUUUGCAGUAGCCGAGAGACGGAUCAAGGAAAAGCAUCCGAACAGUGGAUUUUUGAACAACGAGUAUGUAGUGAAGCUCCCGGUGCUGCCACGUUUCAAGUUAAGCAUUUUCCGGCUAUGCUUUAGGACUGCUUAUGUGGCGUCGACAACCGGGCUCGCCAUACUUUUUCCAUAUUUCAACGAAGUCUUGGGAGUUUUCGGAGCCUUGAAUUUUUGGCCUCUGGCAAUUUAUUUCCCCGUGCAAAUGUACUUUGUGCAGAACAAGGUGAGAGCUUGGACUGGCAUUUGGAUAGUCCUUCAAGCUCUCCGAAUAUUCAGCUUGGUGUGCACGGUUUUGGCUUUUAUCGGGUCGAUUGAAGGCCUUAUAAGCAACAAAAUGAGCUAA